AUGGCCCUGAGCCGGGGUGCUAGCCUCAUUCUCCGUGAAGACCUAGAGAAGACACCAAGUCCCAACUCCUGUGAGGUCCCAGGAAUAAUGUCCAGCACCGCGCCCAGGCCCACCCCAGACCUGGCCCUUGCUCCUCUCCCGGUACAUGGCUUGGCUCUCAAUCCAGUAAUUCAUCCAUCUCUGGGUCCUGACCCAGACGGGGUCCCUGGCCCAGUGUCUAGUGACACUCCCAGCCCCAACACCAGUGGGACCACAGCUCCGCCCUCCAUCCAGGUCAACAGCUACUCUGUGGAUGCUGCAGACCAGAGUUUGAACCAUGUCUCCAGGCCCAACUCAGCAGGGACUCUCUGCCCAGACUCACAACCAGUUCAAAGGCCCAGCUCUACCCAGGCCACUAUUUUGAGUCCAGAGAAUCCUUCUAGCCCAAGUUCUGAGGAUGCCUCCAAGUCCCUCUCAAGCAAGGUUUUUGAUUUGGGUCAGAGUAACUCUAAUCCUUCCAGGCCUGAGCCAAACCUCUUUGUAAGGGCUCUCUCCAGAGAAGCCUUGGUCCGGACUCAUAGCAUCUCCAGGCAGGGCUCUCAGGUGCCUCUUCUUCUACCCUCUAACACCUCUUUGGACCGUUCGCGCUCUGGGAACAUCUCCAAGGCAAACCUGGGUAUAGUUUCAAACCUGAACGAGGCCAUCACGUUGACUUCACAUACUAUUUUUGCAUCUGUCUCCAAAGAAACCUUUGGUACAUCCUGGAACACAGGCUCCAAGGGGUCCAUCAGUGUGAUUUCCAACAGCCAAGCCAGGUCUGGUUUGAAUGGGACAGUCACACAGCCCUCACGUGCCAGCCUGAUUCCCGGCUCCAGUGAAGGUCUCAGCCUGUACUCAAGUGCCCGAGCACCCAACUCCGCUCUCUCUCCAUCUUCCUGCAUGACGCUGAUCCUGGGCUCUGAGUCCCUGAGCAUGGACUCCAGCUUCAUGGUGAGCGACACCUCCACCUUGACCCUGAGCAGCCAGCAAGAUUACUCUGAGGACAACAGCAUCCGCACCAUGCCCCUGGAGGAGGAUCUGGCAAAGUGGGACAGCCUGCAGGGUGCCACAGCUUUCCGAAGCCCCCCUGAGGGAACCUCGGAAGUCAUGAAGGCCAACGUGACAGAGAAGAGAGAGGAUGAGAACAAAACAGCUCCGGCAGAGAACACCAUCACUUUCCAGAAAAAUCAGAACAUCAUGGAAAUGAGUGAAGAAAAGAAGACAACGGUGAUAAUGAUGAUGAGACAGAUCCAGGAGGAGCCACUGGAUUCCCUUCUGAGCCCUGCUCGACAGCAGGCCAUGGAGAUCCUGACCCAGCUGAGUAAUGCCAAGCCUGUCCUGAGUGUGCGGGAGAGGGUGGACUUGGUGAGCACCUGUGUGCGGAGCGUCUUCUCGCUGCCCUCAGUACAGGCCAUGCAGGAGAAAGAUGAGGCCAAGGCAGAAGUCAUCCAGACGCUUUACCAUCAGACCUUGGAUUCCUUGCAGAAACUGCUCAAUGCCCUCUUUAUUCAAGAUCCGACUCCCGCUGGGCUGAGGAGCAUCCUGGAGCCCCUAGGGCCCUGGAUGAAUUCUGGGAAGGCCCAUGAGCGCGCACGGGCUGUGAACAGCAAUGUCUCCGUGUUGAACCACACGCUUGCGACCCUGCCUUUCUUUAUGACCUCGGGGUUCCCAGCGCUGGGUCUUCUGUUGGGGAGGCUCCUUCUUCGAAUUGGGGAUCCCGACGAAGAGAUCGGCAGAGAGGCUCUGGACGGCAUCACCAUCCUCUACACUAUCCUGGACCUCCAAAAACGAGCCAAGGACAAGGAAGAGACCAACAAGAAGGAGCUGUAUGAGAAUAACAAGCGCUUCCUCGGGCCCUACAACCCUGUCAGCCCGUGCCAGAACAUUCUGCGUGUCAUCGCGGAAUUUGGAGACUUCCUGGGGCCCCAGCAGGUAAGGGACCUGCUGCUAGCAGCCUUGGAAGGCCUGAAGGACAUCUCAGAGACCCAGGGGAAAGACUCCGGGGAGAUGAUGCAGCUGGCUUCAGAGGUCACGCUCAGCUCAGUGCUGGAGUGGUACCGCCACAGGGCGCUGGAGGUGAUCCCGGAAAUCAUGCAGGGCAUCUACGUGCAACUGAGCCAUAUCCAGGAGCCGCGGGCACGUGAGGUGGCCCUGCUGCCCAUCUCCUUCCUGGCCAGCUCCUUCAUGACUGAAGUUGUGGUGGCCCUGCUCAUGUGCCCCCUCCCUCUGGACAGCAAUGGGGCAGAGAUGUGGAGGCAUCUGAUACUUCGAAAGCCCAGCUGUGAUGUCCGAGACCUGCUGGAUCUGCUCCUGACUAGCCUGAAGGAGAAGCCUGUGACCAAGAAAGGUCGGGCCUCCAUUGUGCCCCUGGCGGCAGCCAGUGGCCUGUGUGAGGUCCUGUCCGUCAACAGCUGUGUGGGCCGUGUGAGGCGCAUCUACCCUCAGCUGCUCCUGGCCCUGCUUAUUCAGGUCCAUUAUCACAUCGGCCUCAACCUACCCAGCCGCGUGGCUCCUCGAAAGGAUGCCAAGGACGACACACAGCCACCUACCUUCGUCCCUGUAUGGUGGAUGGUGAAGGUGGUGAAAACUCUGCUACUGAAAAUGGGCUGUUCUUAUGAGUCCACGUUUCUGGAUGAGCAGGGUGGCUGGGAGCUCAUGGGCCAGGCAGAGAACCACUACCGGGGAGUGUCCCUGCUGGCAAGGGCCAUGGUGAACUACUCCUGCCAGGAGCUGUGUCGCAUCCUCUACCUGCUUAUCCCACUGUUGGAGAGAGGCGACGAGAAGCACAAGGUCACAGCCACCGCCUUCUUUGUGGAGCUGUUCCGCAUGGAGCAGGUACGUCGCAUCCCCGAGGAGUACUCCCUGGGGCGGAUGGUAGAAGGCCUGAGCCACCGUGACCCCAUCAUGAAGGUGCUGUCAAUCCGGGGCCUGGUCAUCCUGGCCCGAAGGUCUGACAAAAGAGCCAAGGUGCAGGCCUUGCUGCCCUCCAUGGUGAAGAGCCUGAAGAACGUGGAUGGGAAGCUCGUGAUGGAGGCCGUCCAGGACCUCAAGACCGUCUUCAAGGAGCAAGGCAAGAAGCUAAAGGACCGCUCAGUCUACGAGGAGAUCCUGCAGAUCCUGCUGCCUCACUUUAGUGACGCAAGAGAAGCAGUGCGGGCUUCCUGCAUCAACGUAUAUGGGAAGGUGGUCCAGAAGCUGCAGCUGCCCCGCACCCAGGCCAUAGAGGAGCAGCUGACCAGCACGCUGAUACCUCUGCUCCUCCUCAUGCAGGAGGGCAACGCCAAGGUGGGCCAGAAAUGUGUGAAGACCUUGUUUCGCUGUUCUUGCUUCAUGAACUGGGAGUUGCCAAAAAGGGCUUACAGCCAGAAGCCCUGGGACAACAGGCUGCAGACGGUGGCCAAGAUUUGCAAGUACCUCGUGAACUCUCACCGAGACAGCAUCUUCACGUUCCUCAGCCAGAGCCUGGAGUAUGCCAAGAAUCCACGGGCCUCCCUCCGGAAACCCUCUGUCAUCUUUAUAGGGUCCCUGGUCCCCUGCAUGGAGAACAUUAUGACUGAAGAGCGGCUGAAAGAAGUGAAAGCUGCUCUGGUGAUCUUGAGACAUGAUCUAGAAGCAUCCGUGUGUAUCUACGCAGCCCAGGCCCAGGACCACAUUAUGGCUAGUUGUUGGCGGAACUCUUGGCCACUGCCACAUGGGGAUUCGUGGGUGUGUGACCCAUCUAACAUGCACCGCUGGAGCUCCAGCUGUGAGAACCUGCCUACGUCCCACCAGAAGCGCUCCUGGAUCGUGCAGGCACUGAACUCCUGGAAGAUGUCUCUGAAGCAGUGACACGUCAAAGCCCCGAGCCGGAUCUCUGUAAAUACCCACGUGGUCACUGUCUCCGUCCAGAUGGCUUCCUCAUGAGAGACACCCCGAGCCCCUGUGUAGCCCUCACUCUGACAAGCCUGUGAAAAGAGCAUGGCCCUCACCUGUCGAUUC